AUGGUGUCACCAUUGACCUUGACGAUCCAUCGAACAGGACUGAUGAACCACACCAAGUACGACGCCGAGAGACAGAUCGCCAGUAUAGAUGGUGGCGCUUUGUGGAAGAAUGUCUACUCAGACCUUGAGCCAUACGGGGUGACCGCUCCCGGCGGGCGAACGGCUACCGUUGGGGUGGGCGGGUUCACGCUGGGAGGCGGCAACAACUUCUACAGCGGCAAGGUGGAAUUCGCCUGUGAUAAUGUGGUCAACUAUGAGGUGGUCCUCGCCAAUGGGGAUAUCGUCGAGGCCAACAGCGAGCAGAACCAGGACCUAUGGAAGGCACUUAAGGGUGGCUCAUCCAAUUUCGGAAUGGUAACGCGCUUCGAUAUGCAGGCUUUCGAAGCCAACGACAUCUACGGAGGCCUGGUCACCCACCCCCUCAGCGCGACGGACGAGGUCAUUGCCGCCUUCAGCAAUUUCGUCGACAAUAUUGAAAACUACCAAGGUGGCUCUUGCUUCAGCUUCUGGUCAUGGGUCGUGGGGUCGGACCAGACAGUCAUCAACUCCGCUCUUCACGAUACGACUGGGGCUAUAGCAGCGCCGGCUUAUGCGGAAUAUGCGGAGAUUGAGCCUAGGAUCCAGUCUUCGCUUCGUUUGGCCAGCCAACUCAACAUGACGGUUGAGCUUGAGUUCCAGAAGGGAUUCCAGAACGUCUGGCUCGCCAUAACAGUCAAGGACGACCCAACCAUACUACAUCUUCGAGCAGCACAACGCCUUCAUCUCAGCAUUCUCUUCGAUCACGGCGUCGCACAGGGCGGAAACGUGCUCGGCAUGGACCGCCAGGCAGGCAACUGCGUCCUCUUCCAGGUCUUCAUGGUCUUCACCGGGGCGUCGCUCGAGCCCGAGGCCCGCCGCCGCAUGGUGGCGUAUCGCGAGACCGUCAAGGGGCAGAGCGUCAGGACGGGCACCGACGUCGAGUUCGAGUACCUGAACUACGCCGACAAGACCCAGACUCCCCUCGAAACCUAUGGCGAGGAUAAUAUCGCGUUUAUGCGAGCCGUCGCGGCCAAGUACGACCCUCAGCAGAUCCUGCGGGCGCGUAUGUCGGGCGGCUUCAAGCUGCCUUGA